AUGUUUACCGCUGCUCAGUGGGGCAAUGUAGGAAAAAAAGUUAAAAAUAGACGGCACACAGAUCCACAAACAAGCAGUUCCCACUCUUCGGAGGGUCCCCGCGAUGAUGGAGAUGAUUUCUGUAGCAUUGGCGGCAUCGAUAUUAUGUCAUUACCGAAUGAUAGCGGAUUGCCAAAUAUAGAAGGCGGAGAAUACUUUCUUCCCAGUAAUUCCGAUAAAGAAAUCGAGAGAUUACAGAUGCAACAUUAUUUGAUGCGUUGCAUUUGGAAAGAAAAUUUUUCUUCCCCCAUAAAGGAGGACUUCAUCAAGGGCGGAGUUAAAGUGUUGGACAUUCAAUGCGGAUCAGGAAUAUGGAUUACCGAUUUAGCGACGGAAUUUCCGUCGUCAACAUUCAUCGGUGUCGAUGGUGACGAAGCGCGCGCCCGAAUUCAAAUUGAAUUACCCAAUGCAGUGUAUCUUCACCACGACCUGUUGGAUGAAUUACCUUUUCCUGAUCAUUGGCGUAUUGUGAAAGAUGACACAUUCGAUUUUGUGAACCAACGCUUUUUUACGAUGGCGUCUGAGGAGAAAUGGAAAAAGUGCAUUUUACCAGAGAUCAUUCGCGUGACCAGACCAGGGGGAUAUAUAGAAUUCAUGGAGAUGGUAAAAUGGCGUGAAAUGGGAAAAGUGACGGAACGUGUGACAAAAGCCUACGACGAUUACAUGAGGACCCUAGGGUUUUUCCGCUCAGAUCCCUCCAAGUUCGAACAAAUGUUGAGAUCCACAAACCUUGUCAAGAACAUUACGAGCGAAUCAAUUAUUACCCCGUUUUGGGGCGGUCAGGCAUCUCAACUGGUUUGCCGAAAUCAAUUUGAAAAAAUAGAAGCAUGCAAAUUGAAUUUAUGCGAAUUUAUGAACAUCAGCGAAAAAGAAUUCAACGAAAUGAUCAAGACGAUGCGUGAAGAAGUCAAUAAUUGUAAAACUUUUUGCAUGACAUAUAGGUAUGUUGAGGGACCUCUAUAA